AUGGCCAGUCUGGGGGGUGGGAUUACCUGGGAAGCUGCAUUUGAGCAUAGUGGCCUGAGCCAGGACCUCCUACCCAGAAAAGAGCAAGCUAGUACCCUGUAUGAAAACAUCAACCUCGUGGAGUUGAGACUCAUUCAGCCAUAUGAACACGUUAUAACGAACUGUAUCUGUGAAAUCAAACUUCAGAGCCCGGAAAUGGAAAACCUGGCCAUUGCCGUGAAGAGGGGUCUGCAUGAGGGUAAUAAAGGGUGGUCUUCUGAUCUACAAAUGUUGGAGAAAAUUCUGGAGUAAGGACCUGAGCACCGGAGUUGGCUUCCCUUGAGUGGUGUGACUGGCAGGCAGACACGUGGAUUCUUCAGAUUGUCCAGUGACUAUCUGUUGAAACACACACAGGUACACACAGACCCACACAAAGGUAUGUGGACACACACACUGACACAGCUUCUCAGGACAGUUCCAUGUAAACCCUAAGGGAAUAAGGGAGCAGUGUCCUUUAUGUUCUCAUCACUACCUCUCUCCCCAUGGAUUAGCACGUCACAUUAGGAUGAGCUGUGCUGGUGUCUUCUCCCUGAACGCCUUCUCCUUUCAAAGCCUGUGCUCUCUGGCUGGGAUCUGGAGCCUGGCUCCAUUCUGAGCCAGCAGUUUCUAUUUGCCCCUCUCCUCCUAGCUGUCAAAGACCUCGCUUCCAUGUUUAAAUGAUGACCUGUGAUCAUAGGGCAGGCUCGGGGCUCCCUGGGCAGGUGACAUCUGUUUCCCACCAAGGGAUCCUGGGACAAGAUUUUUCUCACCUCUAAACUCAGGGCUCAUUGCCCUCUCCUCUAAAUGCUCCCUGUCUCCUUUGGGAUAUGUGGGAAGCUACUUGUCUCUGACACAUCCUGAAUGGGGAAUUUCUGGUCGUAUCUGUGAUGCCUCUAAAAACCCAUCCUCUCUACAGUUGCAAUAAGUUCAGUGUAGAGAGAGCUGCAGAAAGAAAGUUUGAGCUGGAUCCUGUAGUCAGGUCCUCUUAAGUUUUUCUCAUCUUGAAAAGCCCUGAAUUGCUUUUGUGUGUGGUGUUGUGUGUGUGUGUGUGUGUGUUUUGUAAUGACAAAACAAAGGAACCUGGGGUGAGGGUGAACGUGCAGUGUCACUGUCAACCUCCCUCCAUGCCCCCUUCCCUUCUAGAAACCAAAGCAGUGACUCAGCAUGCUGACCCCUACACCCCAGUGUGACAGACAGAAGCCACCACCUUCUUAUGAGAGAAAAACAUAUAUAUUUGGGGAAUAAUAAACAUCUUGGUUUGGGAGAAGCCAAAACCAUAGAAGAUGGGUUAGCAUGAAAAAAAAAAAAAAAAAAAAAA